AACAAAAAAGUAGAAACCAUUUUCAUAAAAAAUUAAAAAUACACCAGUCUGAUUUUGGUUAUUGUUUUGGUCAUGUUUUAGAGUAGUUUAUUAGUAUAGCAGGAACUUGUAAAGAGAGAACAUUUAGUCGUAACAAUGUUUUGACUUUCGAAAGUUUAAAGCUCAAGUACCCAAAUCUCUAAGGAUUUAUAUUUUAAAUUUUCAGUCAAAAUACGAUGAAAUAAUUAUCUAUCAUGAUUUCUCAAGAAGAGGAUUUAUUGGUUGAUUUUGUAAAAUUUUCUGUUUUUUUGUAUGAUAGGAAUUUAUUAAUUAAGUGACUAACACUUUUUCUUUUGUUCUGAAGCAUUGUCCACAUUUCCUUGAUGGACUUGCUCUCACACUUCAACUCCAACCUGAAUGAGUCACGUGCGCUCUGAAUUGUUCCGUACUACGUCCAAGAUCGUAGCCUUAGCACGUUCAGGUAGAAUUUCCCAUGCUCGCAACUUGUUUGAUGAAAUGCCCCACAGAGACCCUGUUGCUUGGAACGCCAUGCUAUCUGCAUAUUCCCACUUGGGACUUUACCAAGAAAGUCUUGAUUUCUUUGACACCAUGAGAAUCUCACAUUCAAAACCUGAUGACUUCUCAUACUCUGCAGCAUUAAGUGUAUGCGCCAGUGCAUCCUGUCUUCCUUUUGGAACCAGAAUUCAUGCUUUGGUUCUUGUUUCUGGGUACCGGUCUUCUCUUCCUGUUGGUAACUCGCUUAUUGAUAUGUAUGGUAAGUGUCUGUGUCCUGAUGAUGCAAGUAAAGUGUUUGAUGAGAUGACAGAAAGAAAUGAAGUCACUUGGUGUUCGCUACUGUUUGCUUAUGCAAACACUUGUCAAUUUGGAACGGCUUUCCAGUUGUUUCGCAGCAUGCCUAAAAGGGUUGAAAUUGCUUGGAAUAUAAUGAUCGCAGGUCAUGCUCGUUGCGGAGAAGUUCAAUCAUGCUUGCAUCUGUUUAAAGAGAUGUGUGAGAGUUCAUAUCUGCCAGACCAGUGGACUCUCAGUGCUCUCAUGAAUGCUUGCACCGAGUCAAUGGAAUUAUUAUAUGGACGCAUGGUGCAUGGUUUUGUUAUUAAUUCAGGUUGGAGCUCUGCCAUGGAGGUAUUUAACUCCUCAGAGGAUUUUAAUCAAGUGUCUUGGAAUGCCAUCAUUGAUGCCCAUAUGAAAUUAGGAGAUACCCAGAAAGCCUUUCUUGCCUUCCAGCAAGCCCCGGAAAUAGAUGUUGUUUCUUGGACUUCUAUGCUUGCAGGGUAUACCAGAAAUGGGAAUGCAGAGCAAGCUCUGAGUAUGUUUGUAGACAUGACAAGAAACUCUGUUCAGCUUGAUGAUUUAGUAGCUGGAGCAGUCCUUCAUGCUUGCGCUAGCUUAGCUAUACUAGCAUAUGGAAAAAUGAUGCAUAGUUUCGUAAUUCACCAUGGUUUAGACAAACAUUUGUACGUUGGCAAUAGCUUGGUUAAUAUGUAUGCUAAAUGUGGGGAUAUAGAAGGUUCUAGGAUUUCCUUUCAUGGCAUUGUUGAGAAGGACCUAGUAUCAUGGAACUCAAUGUUAUUUGCAUUUGGAUUACACGGGCAUGCUGACGAAGCUCUCUGCCUAUACAGAGAAAUGGUGGCAUCCGGUAUAAGACCAGAUGAAGUGACCUUCACAGGGCUGCUAAUGACUUGCAGUCACUUAGGCCUAAUAGAUGAAGGCUUUGCAUUCUUUCAAUCAAUGAGUUUGGAAUUUGGACUUUCACCUGGAAUGGAUCAUGUUGCAUGCAUGGUGGAUAUGCUCGGUCGAGGCGGGUAUGUAGCAGAAGCAACUAGUUUAGCCAAGAAAUAUUCAAAAACAAGCAGAGAUAGGACAAAUUCAUGUGAGGUUCUUCUUGGAGCAUGUUACACACAUAGUGAUUUAGGAACUGGGAGCUCUGUGGGAGAAUAUCUAAAGCACUUAGAGCCUCAAAAGGAGGUUGGUUAUGUUUUGCUGUCAAACUUGUAUUGUGCUAGUGGGCAGUGGAAAGAAGCAGAGAGGGUGAGGAGGGCAAUGAUGGAUCAAGGGGUGAGGAAAGUGCCUGGUAGUAGUUGGAUUGAGAUAAGAUACAAGGUUACAGCUUUUGUAUCUGGUAAUAAUUCAUGUCCCCACAUGGCUGAAAUAUCAAAGAUGUUGUGCUUCCUUGAAUUAGAAAUGAGACACAUAUGGUUAAUUAAUUUUGAUAUUGAAGGAUCUUUAUAAAA